AUGCCGAGCCGCUGGGGAUUUCGGGAAAGACUUCAUAUCGGGGGAGGACAUCACCACGGUCGACGGCCGUCCCACGCGUCGGAUAAAUCUGGGCACUCGAGCGUCCUCGGUCAUCCUCCUCAGAUCGAGAAUGAGGUCAAUGCAAAAGGGGGUCCGGUCGAGGGGACGAGUGGGGAUGAUGAGGAGUCUCCGACGACGAUUCACAACGCCCUCUGGCGUAAAGCCUACGGCAACCUGAAAGAGGGUCCGCAGACAGCGAAGUAUAUCGAGGAAUAUGAGAAGCUCGUGGAUACCGUUUUUCUUGCGAAAGAUAACGAUGGCAAGAAAGACUCGGCCUCGCCAGCGAUAUCCAUGGAGGAGUCCCGACUUCGACUCAUCGUUGAACAGGGGUUGAAGAAGAUCGAAAAGAGCAAAAGCAUCAUUGAACGAUCAGCAAAGAUCAACGAUGCCAUCACGCCCGUGAGAAAUAUUCUGGAUAUUCCGAUGAAGAAUCUGACGCAGACGGCGUUACCUUGGGCGGUGGUCACCUCCAGUCUGGAUCUAUUGAUGAAACCGACAAAAUCCAUGGCGACCCUGUACAACGGCGUCAAUCAGAUCAACUCGCGGAUUCACUGGUAUUCGAAAAUCACCGACCGGCUGCUUUCUCGGGAGAGUAACACUGCCAGUCUGGCGCAGAUCCGAGAGCUGCUCGACACCAAGGUUCUCGAUCUAUACCAAUCGCCCUUGUUCUACCAGGUCAAAAGCGUUUGCUUUUACUACCGGAAUCAGUUCUUCGGGUUUCUCCGCGCCCUUGUGGAGCUGGAUGAUUGGGAGGGGGAUUUGUCUGCGAUCGCUGAUCUGGAGCAGAAGCUUCGAGAUGAUCUCCAGCCCUACAAGCAGGAACAGAUACUGAGUGAGAUCCGACAACUGUCGACUCUCGUCCAGAGCCAAGCCAACAUCGCAGAGGACAGGCAGUGCAAGAAGGAUCUGCGCGGAAUCGACCCGCGCGCCGCAAUCCAAAACAUCGAAGAACGGAGGGAGAAGUCCAUCAGGGAACUGUACGAGUGGGUCCUGGACACCGAAGAGUACAGAAGCUUUUUGGACUGGGCAGAUCCGCACUCUCCCAACCUGCUGUGGAUCAAUGGGCAGGCAGGAACAGGAAAGACGAUGUUGUCCGUGGGCCUCAUCCAGGAGCUUCUUGCUCGGAGUGUCUCGGACGUGCACGGCCCGGAGAUCCUCUACUUCCUCAUCCAGGAUACAGGGAAGGGGUUCAAUGACGGGGCAGCAGUCCUGCGAGGCCUCAUGUGGCUCCUUCUGGUCCAAAACCCGGACCUGGUGCGAUACUUACGGCCGAAGUAUCAAGAUUCCGGGGCUGCGCUCUUCAAUGACCCGAUGGCAUUUACUAAUCUGUUGCCCAUUUUCACGGCCAUGGUGCAGGAUGCUGAUCUUGGUCGGAUUGUGAUUUUUAUUGAUGCUCUCGAUGAAUGUGAAGGUGCGGGCGAAGAUGUCUUCCGGGUUGUAAGAAAGCUGCUUCCCGCAGACGGGACAGCAUCGAAGGUCAAGAUCCUUCUCACCAGUCGGCCGUUAAGGGAGAUUAGCGAUGAGAUCGAGAUGGUGAGCGUGUCUUCCAAAGCGAUCAUCAAGCUGGACGAAGAACCCCUUUUGGGGGCCAUCGACAUGUACAUCGAUCGAAAGCGGCACGAUUUCGAGCGGAAAACCAGAAAGAUUGAUCUCGUCGAUAGGGUUAUCAAUACGUUGAAGGAAAAGGCAGGAAGAACAUUCAUAUGGGUGUCGCUGGUGUGUAAGGAGCUCAUUUCUUCGCCUGAAUAUGCUUGGAUGAGAACUCUCGAGCGCGCCCCCAAAGAGCUUCACGAUCUAUACGGGUUCCUGCUUGAAAGACUCAACGAUCCGUAUCGGGCCUGUCAGUUCGAUUACUGCAAAGAUGUUCUCGUGCUGAUAAUGCUUGCUUGCCAACCCCUAAAACUGUGUGAAAUAGAAGUGCUGGCAAAGCUACCAGAAGACAGUGUGGAAGCUGUUGUUCAGGACUGUCGAUCCUUUGUGACGGUCCAGCAAGAUACAGUCUACUUCAUCCAUCAAUCCGCGCAAGACUACCUGCGAGAGAACCAUGCCGCGUUGAGAGAAGGUUCUUUGGAAGACCUGCAUCAUGGAGCUUUUGAGAGAUCAGUACACGCCAUGGAUGGCCACCUGGAACGGAAUAUGUACAAGCUCCCCAACCAUGGUGUGUUUGUUGAAGAGGUUCAAGUUCCCCUCUCAGGUCGGUUGGAUCCACUUCGAUAUGCCUGCCAAUAUUGGACCUACCAUUUGAAACGAGGUGGGCUGCAGGAGUCUGACAGCGAGAUCAUUUACCAAUUCCUCUAUCGACACUUUCUGCAUUGGUUAGAGGCUGCGAGCUUGCUGCGAGUCAUACCCCAUGCCAUGGAUGCAAUCAACACACUACACUCCUUGCUUAAAGGAGACGGAAGUGACGAACUUCCACAAUUCCUUCGCGAUGGGAGACGGUUUAUCAUGAAAUUCGGGUCAGUCAUUGCUCAAGCACCACUGCAGGCUUAUGUCUCCGCGCUGGCAUUUGCACCGGAAGAAAGUAAAGUGAAAGAAAUCUUUCGAUCAGAGAUCCCUCGCUGGGUCCCAAGAGUACAGCCACUGGCGAAAGGCUGGGGUGCAUUAUUGUACACAAUCCAAGGGAAGCGUAAAGAUUAUGUGGCAGUCUCUCCGGAUGGCUGUCUUAUGGCAACGGGAUCAGACAACUCGGUCGAGGUAUGGGAUCUAGCUACAGGGACGCUGGUACAGAGCCUUGGAGGGAGCCGGUAUUACUCCGUCGACUUUUCCCCAUGCGGGCAGCUUCUGGCUGCGGGGUUAGAUGAUGCUAGGACGGUGAAGCUAUGGGAUACCGUCAAAUGGAGAGAAAGGCAAGUUCUGCAGCACCCGUCGGCCGGACGUCUGCCUUUUGUGAUUUGUGCAUUCUCGCCGCGCGGCGGAGUGCUGGCCUCAGCAUCCGAAAACACGCUCUGUUUAUGGGACCUCCCCACGUCGAGUAUCAAAUGGUCGACAACCGACAUUUGUUCUUUUGCUCUUGCUUUCUCCCCCGAUGGUCAGCUGGUUGCUUCAUGUCAUCGCAGCAAGGUCUAUCUUUACAAUACCGAUUCGGGGCGACUGGAACAAACCCUUGAAAGCGCUUUGUUCCCAGGUAGGGAUCAAAUUGGCUUUAUCGACAAUGUUACAUUCUCAUCCAAUUCCCCGUUGGUGGCCGUGUGCAACGUUGAGGGAGUGCGUGUCUGGAAUACCAUGACUUGGAGACUUGAGUGGGCAAGGAAUCAAGAACGUAGGUGUGGCAUUGCAUUUUCCCCGAAUGAUCCGCUAUUGGCGAUCGGGACGAAAGAUGUCACAAUUGAAAUGUGGAACACAAAGACAUGGACCCUGAUCCGGACGUUGCCUUGCUCUCUUUACGUCAACGAUUUGGCGUUUUCGCCCGACGGCCAGGUUUUACUGUCGGCAUUGUGGCCUGAUGGCAUCAGUCUCUGGGAUAUCUCGCCCCACAUGCUGCAUCAGGAGCAGGAGGAGGAGGAGCACAGCCCCAGUACUCACUUGAAUUUUGUGAAAGAGGUGGUGUUCUCUCCAACAGGGCACCACGUGGCAUCUUUUGCAGAGGGAAAGAUCGCCGUCUGGGACCCCCGAACAGGGAAUACCCUCUAUACCCACGAAGUAAAUGACGAUUGGCGAGAUUUGGUGUUUUCCCCCGACGGUAAAUGGCUCUGUACCUCCCAGUCGAACAGUCUCACAGUAUGGGACGCAAGAACAGGAGUCUCGGAACGCGAAAUCAAGGUCCUGGGGUCCUUUUUCACCGGCUUGAAAUUCGAGGAGACCAGUGAUGGUGGCUGGGUAUGCACCAAUUGUCACAACAUCAGGGUACCAAUUCAGGUUGACGCUCCCCUCCAAUCACAGCCGAAGGAGGCCAUCAAAUAUGAUCAGGCCGACGGGUGGAUAUCGAGAGCCGAUGGCACGGAAAGGCUCAUAUGGGUACCUUAUGAGUUCCGACCCUUGGGUGACACCUACACUAUUCACGCUGAGACCUUUGUCUCUGGAAAUCCAUCGGGUCAGGUUUCUUUCAUAUCAUUCCAGUUGGAAGACACACCAUCUCGCUAGAUUCUCAUUAUCUUGGGGAUAUAGAGGGAGAGAGAGAGAUGGUGCUACCGGACGUGAACUCGGAGAUUCUGUCAAUCCAAGCUGAAGCUACGAUUCCCGCUUUUUACUCAGUGCCCAUGGCAUCAUAAUAUGCCCAGGAUUAUAUGAAUGGUUGCAGGGGUUUGUAUUGUUAGAUUCGUAUAGUUAUCUGAUGUAGUUACCGAUCAUGCAGCAUUGACAGUCCCGAUCGCGUCUGGGCAACAUUACUCUUUCCCGGUCCAGCAAAUGGC